UGUGCGCUUUUAGGUUGAUUGCGAUUGCAAUUGAAAACGGGACUUUUUUUUGAACUGAAAUAGUGUGAAUUAAGAAGUGAACUAAAUUGGCUGCAUUUGGUGCGGAAAAUAAGGUUAAAAGUACUGAAAGUGAAACGUUUGGCAAAUCACGUACAAGAACGCCUACACUCGCAGAGCGGCAAAUUAGCAAAACAAAGGCGAACAUUGACAAUUUCGCAAUUUGUGGUGAAUUUAUCACUUGUUGCUGGUUGUUUAAUAUCCAGACGCGCGUGUGUUUGUGUGUUGUGCCAGCACCGGUGAUAGCUUUGCAUUCUCGACUCCUUGAACGUGAGCGUGUCCGGCAAUUAGUUAUUCAUACAGAUAACUGCGACGUGACGUAUGUGUGAGGACAGCGCAGCGCAUAAGCAACGGACAUCCUUUGCAUACGAACGAUUGCAAUAGCAAAAACAAUAACGACGGACUGAGUUAAAAGAGGUCUCGCGGCAAAAUCAUUGAAAUUGAAAACAAUUUACAAAUUCAUAAAACGUUAAGUGGAACAAGAAAUACAUGUAAACACACACACACACACAUAUACGCACGUAUAAGUGACGCCAAAAUUACAAAUUGUAUGAAUUAAAUAAAUACAGAAAUUCAUAAAAUAAUUAACAAAUAAAGAAGUGCGUGGAACUUGAAGCCGAAAUCGACGAAAUCGAAAGCAACAAAAAAAAACGAAGCGAUUGAAGUGCAGCAACAUGGAUGCGAAGAUUCUAAUCGCCUUACUAAUCGCCAUCAACUGUUACUCCAGCUGUGGAGCUGCCUUACGACGCACGCCAAAAGUCUACAAUGCACUCAUUACGACCGAUGAUAAUCUAACUUCGAGCCGCGCCUACCCCGUCAUACAACCCACCAUACACGAGGGUGGCGUGGCGCACUAUCCUUUCGGACCGUAUAAUCCCUAUGGUUUCUACUCGCCGCCACUAGUGCGUUUUGGCCAACCAAUAGUGCCGGGUUUAGCGCCAAAUCAGCAGUUUCCCUAUCCACUUCCGCAACAACGCUUCCCACCGCAGUUUAUGCAUCAACCGCCACCAAAUAGUGAACCACAACUCUUGCCGGCGCCCAAUGCAGCAGCGCAACAACCACCGCCGCAAGAUGGCUCACCAAUCGAAAGUAACGCGCCUACUGCUACGCCACCUACGGAAGAGCAAGAACCGGUGCAACCGCCUACUUUGCCACCACCACCAAAUAAGCCCGCUUACAUUCCACCGCUCGACCAGAAUCCGCCCAAUCAAAUGCCCAAUGAGAAAUUGCCCAUUCCCUUGAACGAAUUCGGUCUACCUCCAUCACUUAUACCAUUGCAACAAUAUCCCCAACGUAAUCCCAAUGCUCCAGUUGCACUUCCGCCUUACGCUUUUAAUCAGUAUCCACUCAUCUACGAUCCCAUCACUGGUUAUCGUGAGCAAUUUCUGCCACCUUACGAAUAUUUCCCCAGUCAACAUCAACAUUUCACAAUAGGCGGUAUUCCGACGGGUGCGCCGAAGCCACCAGUACCGACUCCACCGACGGCAGCGCCCAGUGGACCAGUACCAACACCACCACCACCACCACCGCCGCCAAAGCAGCAACCAACACAAGAUCCGGCCGAAGAAGCGGCGGCAAGUGAACCCCAACCUCAACCUGAAGAGCCACCACAGUCGCCACCUGCCGAUUUUGACAGUAUAAAGAAUGCGUCGAAGAAUAAGAACAGCGCAGUGCCGGAUGUGCCUCCACCGCCAAUACCAUCAGGCGCCAAGCCGCAGCAAUCUUAAGGGGACUGUGACGCCGGUUACCGGAUUAUGGUGUAAAGUUUACUUGUCUUAGAGCUCACUAAACGCAAAUAAACAAUUAGGAAAAUUCUUAUAAGUUAUUAUUGGUAAACAAAAUACUCGAAUUAAUUUAAUUUAUUGUUAACAAAAUUUUUAGUAAGCGAAAAAUAUUUUGUACUUUGCAUUUAAUUUUUAUAUACAUA